CCAAACUCCAAAUAACAAACAAAAACCCAUCUAGCAACCAAUGUCCACCACUAUUACUAACUUGUUUCUUCUUUUCACAUUCAUAUUCCUCUCUCAAACUACACCUUCUCUCUCCAAAAGAUGCCAUCCAGAAGAUGAAAGAAUCCUCCUCCAAAUCAAAAAGGAAUUCAACAAUCCAUCUCUUCUCUCCUCAUGGAAACCAAACACCGACUGUUGCAACUUCAACUGGUACGGCGUUGGUUGUUCCGCCUUAAUCAACGAACGUGUCGGUUAUCUCAGUAUCUCAAACGACACAAACCUCUCUUCUCAAUUUCCUCCAUCCAUCGCUAACUUACCUUUCUUAGAGGCACUAUUUAUCUUUGAUUUACCAAAUCUCACUGGACCAAUUCCACAGUCUAUAACCAAACUCACCAAACUCAAAUACCUCACAAUAAGCUCAACCGGCGUAACAGGUCCAAUACCGAAUUUCACAGACCAGUUUACAAACCUAGUUAACUUGGAUCUUUCGCAUAAUAACCUCUUCGGAACACUCCCAACUUCACUAUACAAAUUACCUAGUCUGUCUGGUGUUCUCUUUAACAACAACAAUUUAACAGGUUCAAUCCCUACAACGUAUGGUUACUUCAAUAGCAGCAGCGUAACUUCUUUGGAUCUCUCUUAUAACAAACUCUCGGGGAAACUUCCUAUUUCACUGGCCAUGUUGGAUAUUUACGUUCUUGAAUUGGCUUAUAAUAAGUUUGAAGGUGACGCUUCUAUGCUUUUUGGUUCCAACAAAAAGACAUUGGUAGUAGAUAUUUCGGGGAACCGUUUUGCUUUUGAUUUUGGAAGAGUUGAGUUGUCUCAAACCAUAACAACGUUGGAUGUGAGUCACAAUAAGAUCUAUGGUAACUUCCCUAUGGCAAUGGAAAAUGUAACGUUUUUGAAUGUGAGCUAUAAUAGGCUAUGUGGUGAGAUUCCAAAGGUUGGAUAUUUCAAAACUUUUGAUGUUUCUUCAUUUGUUCAUAACAAGUGUUUGUGUGGAUCUCCUCUUCCGAAUUGCAAGUGAUCAUUGUAAGGACUAAGCUGUUGAUUUACCACUCAUCUAUUAUUCUAUAAGUAUUUUUUUGGUUAUUUCUUCACAUGUUAUUUUACAAUUGCAAUCUACAAGUUCUCACAUAUAUUUAUCUGGUUUGUAAAUUUGUAACCUUUAAUGAGAAACUCAUUCUUGUUUGGGAAUGGAUUCUCUCGAAUGUGAUUCAAAAUAAUCUAUCGCAAUUGAAAUUCUUGUCAUUUAAAGUUUUUAAGCAUUUCUGGGGUGAAAGAUUAUUGUUGGGUUUUAAGUGUAACUCGUAAAGUUUCAUAUUGACUAUAAGU